AAAUCAGACCUCAAAAUUGCGCUUUUUCCGGGACAAUCGCGACGACUCCCGAUUCCACACUGAGUGUAGGACUUGGAAGUCGUUUGGAGGGGGAUUUGGACCCGGGUAUUCUCAGUGCGCAUGCGCGCGUCCGUGCCCACCAAUCAGGGGAGAGGUUGCUGUGCCCAGGCGGAAGUGCUAGAAGCGGAGGAAAGGGAGGUGCGGGGCGGCCGCAUCACGCGCUCGCUACGCGGGGAGCAGGAAGAAGCCGGAAGAAGGGGCAGCCAAUCGUCGCUCGAGCAGGUCUCCGGGCUGGCCAAUCCAGGAUCGCCUCGCGUACACUGUCUCGCGACGAGGGCGGUUCGCUAUCAAGGUUGGGUGCAUUGGGCGCUGGCCCGGUAUAAAAGACUCCGCCCGAGCGGGCUGCCGCCAUUCUGGGGUUCGUUUAGAGGUUGAAUUUUACUCCGAGAAAGGCCGGCCACCAGGAAAACAAACAAGCCGCAGCACCAUCUAAGCCCUUGAAAGGAUUCCGAGGGGGGAAAGGGAAAACAGCAGCCACCAGCCCAGCCACUUGUGUCUUCUGCCCCUCCCCACCUGUCUUGCCCACCCCACCAGCCCACGCUGCUUGGGACUUGCACUCUGUGGCCGAAGGACCGUCACCACAUAACUUCAAAAAUAAUCCACCCACCCUCUCCCUGCCCAAAGCCACCCAAUCUCACUCAUCUAAGCGUUCCUUUUUGGACUCCACUCAGAUUUUUUUUUUCUACGACCCCCCCUCCCUAAAUGGAGUUGGGUGGGGGGAGAAUGAAAACUCAGUUGGCCUUUCCUUUUUAAAGAGACUUUUUGAGCCAAUGAGGCCCCCCAAGUAAUUUGAGUUUUGGGUCCUGGUUGGUUGGUUAAUUUUUUUUCCCUCCAAAAUUUUAAGCCCUCCCCCCCCUGAGCCCGAGGUGCUGACGUCGCAAAAAAAUUGGAUAAAACCACCAUCAUGGGUUCAGGUCCCAUAGACCCCAAAGAACUUCUCAAGGGCCUGGACAGCUUCCUUACUCGAGAUGGGGAAGUGAAGAGUGUGGAGGGGAUUGCCAAGAUCUUCAGCCUGAUGAAGGAAGCACGGAAGAUGGUAAGUCGGUGCACGUACUUGAACAUUGUGCUGCAGACCCGCGCACCGGAAGUGCUGGUCAAGUUUAUUGAUGUAGGUGGCUACAAGCUUCUGAACAACUGGCUGACAUAUUCAAAGACAACCAACAACAUUCCUCUCCUGCAGCAGAUCCUGCUGACCCUGCAGCACCUCCCACUCACUGUGGACCAUCUCAAGCAGAACAACACAGCCAAACUGGUGAAGCAGCUGAGCAAGUCCAGUGAGGAUGAAGAGCUCCGAAAACUGGCCUCGGUUCUUGUCAGCGACUGGAUGGCCGUCAUCCGCUCCCAAAGCAGCACCCAGCCCGCAGAGAAAGAUAAGAAGAAGAGGAAAGAAGAGGGGAAAAGUCGAACCCCCCUUCCUGAGCGACCAGUAACUGAAGGGAAGGCUGAGCCCCGGGCUGAGGAGGCCCCAGAGAAGAAGAAAGAGAAGCCCAAGUCACUUCGAACCACAGCACCCAGUCAUGCCAAGUUCCGUUCCACUGGACUAGAGCUGGACACCCCAUCGUUGGUGCCCGUGAAGAAGAACGCCAGCACUGUGGUGGUGUCGGACAAGUACAACCUGAAGCCCAUCCCCCUCAAGCGGCAGAGCACCACAGCUGCUCCCGGAGAUGCUGCGCCACCCGCAGAGAAGAAGUACAAGCCCCUCAACACCACCCCCAAUGCCACCAAAGAGAUCAAAGUGAAGAUCAUCCCCCCACAGCCUAUGGAGGGUCUGGGUUUUCUGGAUGCUCUCAAUUCAGCCCCUGUCCCAGGCAUCAAAAUUAAGAAGAAGAAGAAGGUUCUGUCACCUACUGCUGCCAAGCCCAGCCCUUUUGAAGGGAAAACAAGCACUGAACCGAGCAUGGCCAAACCUUCUUCCCCAGAGCCAGCACCUCCUUCUGAGCCUAUGGACGCAGACCGUCCAGGCACCCCGGUGCCUCCUGUUGAAGUCCCAGAGCUCAUGGAUACAGCCUCUUCAGAGCCAGGAGCUCUGGACACAAAGCCUGUGGAGAGCCCUGGAGAUCCCAGCCAGCUGACCCGGAAGGGUAAGAAGAGGAAAACUGUGACGUGGCCUGAGGAGGGCAAGCUGCGCGAGUACUUCUACUUUGAACUGGAUGAAACUGAACGAGUGAAUGUGAAUAAGAUCAAGGACUUUGGUGAAGCCGCUAAGCGUGAGAUACUGUCAGACCGACAUGCAUUUGAGACAGCCCGGCGACUAAGCCAUGACAACAUGGAGGAGAAGGUGCCCUGGGUGUGUCCCCGGCCUCUGGUCCUGCCAUCACCUCUAGUCACCCCUGGAAGCAACAGCCAAGAACGAUACAUCCAGGCUGAGCGGGAGAAAGGGAUCCUUCAGGAGCUUUUCCUGAACAAGGAAAGUCCUCACGAGCCUGACCCUGAACCCUACGAGCCCAUACCCCCGAAACUCAUCCCCCUAGAUGAGGAGUGUGCCAUGGAUGAGGCACCUUAUGUUGAGACCCUGGAGCCUGGAGGGGCUGGUGGCUCACCUGACGGGGCAGGAGGCUCCAAGCUGCCUCCAGUACUGGCCAAUCUUAUGGGAAGCAUGGGAGCUGGGAAGAGCCCCCAGGGCCCUGGAGGAGGAGGCAUCAACGUGCAGGAGAUCCUGACCUCCAUCAUGGGCAGUCCGAAUAGCCACCCUUCAGAGGAGUUGCUGAAACAGCCCGACUACUCAGACAAGCUCAAGCAGAUGCUGGUGCCGCAUGGACUCCUAGGUCCUGGUCCAGUAGCCAAUGGCUUCCCACCAGGAGGCCCCGGGGGCCCCAAGGGCAUGCAGCACUUCCCCCCUGGGCCUGGAGGACCCAUGCCAGGUCCCCAUGGAGGCCCUGGUGGACCAGUAGGUCCACGUCUCCUGGGUCCCCCACCCCCUCCUCGAGGGGGUGGUGAUCCCUUCUGGGAUGGCCCAGGUGACCCCAUGAGGAGUGGCCCAAUGCGAGGGGGUCCGGGCCCUGGACCUGGACCAUAUCACAGAGGCCGAGGUGGUCGGGGAGGAAAUGAGCCACCACCCCCUCCAUUCCGAGGAGCCAGAGGAGGUCGCUCUGGAGGAGGGCCCCCAAAUGGACGAGGGGGCCCUGGUGGAGGCAUGGUUGGAGGUGGUGGGCAUCGCCCUCAUGAUGGACCUGGUGGAGGCAUGGGCAGCGGCAGUGGACAUCGCCCCCACGAAGGUCCUGGUGGAGGGAUGGGCAGUGGACAUCGCCCUCAUGAAGGCCCAGGAGGAGGAAUGGGCUCUGGUGGUGGACAUCGUCCCCAUGAAGGUCCCGGUGGGGGAAUGGGCAGUGGACAUCGCCCCCAUGAAGGCCCUGGUGGAAGUGGUGGACAUCGUUCCCAUGAAGGCCCUGGACAUGGGGGACCCCAUGGCCACCGACCACAUGAUGGCCCCAGUCAUCGAGGCCAUGAUCACCGCGGACCGCCACCUCACGAGCACCGUGGCCAUGAUGGCCAUGGGGGAGGGGGCCACCGAGGGCACGAUGGAGGCCAUAGUCAUGGAGGAGACAUGUCAAAACGCCCUGUCUGCCGACAUUUCAUGAUGAAGGGCAACUGCCGCUAUGAGAACAACUGUGCCUUCUACCACCCGGGGGUCAACGGGCCUCCGCUGCCCUAGGGACCGCCCGCCUGCUCGCCUGCACCCUUGGGCUUGCAGCCUUCCUCCUUCCACUUAUGGCUUCUGUGAGGCCCGUUUCCCCUUUUCCCCAGCUGAUGAGGAGUUCGGCCCCCUUAGACCCACCUGGUUGGGUCCCUGGGGGUUUCUGAUCACUGGUGCGCAUUGAUGUACAUACUUCCCUCCAGUCUGGGGAGGAGACUGGACACACUCUACAGUGCUGGACUGCUGAGGAGAUGCUGGCUUCACUUUGUGAGGAGAUUUGCCCUGUGCCCCCAACCCCUUCAGUAUUAGCCCUGGUGCCUGAGAACCUAAAGCUGUCACCUGGGGACCUUGCUCUCCAUAUGCACAGGGGUCAGACUGGGUCAGCUGCACUUUGGAAACCGUCCAAGCCAAGUUCCUUAACCCCACGGGGUAAGGGGUGGUGAGGGAUACUGCAUAUCCCACUGCACUGAGAGGGCUCAAGCUGGCUGGAAUUGAGUUCUGGAACACACCACCCCCGCUCCUACCCCACUCAAGAAGACUGAAGCUGUUAGCACCCAGUCACUGUGGGCCUGCUAGGUUCAGUGACAGUACAUUGUGUCUGUAACCAGAGGAAGUUUAGCUGGCAGACAUGAGGCCUGUAGUGUUAGUCCACCGUGGUCUACAGCCAUUCUAGACACUUCAUUAAACACUUCAGUGAGACCAGCUUUUCAUCAACUUAAGCCCAGUGCACAGGGCCCAACAUCACACUACAUGCACUGCCUUUGGGAGUUGGCUUGCCCCUUCCCGCACAUGGAACCCUGUCAGUGUGAGGCUUCCGGCCACUCACCCUGUCAGCCUCUUGGACCCACCUCCCUGCUUCCUGGGCAGACUGAGCAGGAUGCCCUUUCCCAGUCUGCUCCCUCACCUGUCUUGGCAUCAGUUGUUUUCUAUGAAAACAGUGGGUUGGUUUUGUGCAGGGUCUUGGGUUAGAACCACAAUGGAUUUGAGGAUGAGUUUUUUUCUUUUGGUUUUGUAUAUUUUGUACAUUAAUAAUAAACAGUGGAGAGAGAAGCAGCUUAUUUAA